CCUAUGUUCAGUGUGGCCUAGGAGCCCAUAGGAGGUGGACGUGUUACACAUUGUCUCAGUGUUUGGUGAAGUUACUUUAUUACUUCUGAGUCAUUUUAACACCACCAGUUCAAGUUAAAAUACUAAUUUAACAAGACUUGAGGUGUUAUAGAGUUGUAUUGGAGCACAAGAGCCAAGAUGGAUGUGAUUGGUGUACGUGUGGUGGUGUACGUGUUAGUGAGUCUAAGCUUUAUGGCCCAGCUUGGCUCUACCCUUGUUACUUUAUGUACGCUUGAGACUAACUCCAUCACGCUUGAGCGGGAUGAAAGAGCGUUAUUUAAAGCUGAUGAAGAUAUUGUGGAAAUAUACAUGAGGUCCUUAUCCACGGGACUCAUUGGCAGGUACAGCAUUAACGUCCCGCAAGAUCUGGCCACAAAUCCCUUUAUGACGGGAAAUGAUUAUGAAUGGUAUGAGAUGACCUAUACAGCGAAUGAUACUCACCUAAUUGUCAUUAUCAGAGGCAAUAACACUCUCUAUAUCGAAGAAAAAUGGACCUCAAACUCAACAAAUGAAGCACCUAGUCUAGAAUUCACAUUUACUGGGAUAGCGAAACUUGGGACAUUCUGUUUUGACCAGCCUUUGUCAGUGAAACUUUUACAUGUACUUGAUAAUGUCGACUAUUCUGGGAAACCUUAUAGGCCUACCCCACCAAGUGAAAAUUACCAUUACAGUAGUUAUAGCGGCGGGCAUAUUAUCUUUAUACCAGUCGGAGCUAUAAUAUUCUUCAUUAGUAUUUGCUGUAGGUGUUGUUAUCGUCGUAAGAAGAUCCUACAGCCAGUUAGAAGCAUAGAUGUAGUGAUGAAUGUCCCUGACGCUGAUACAACCCCUUCAGGAUGUGACAGGACUCAAGGGGAUAACGAUUUACCUCCGUCUUAUACUGACAUACAGACGGAAAUACCACCACCACCACCUUAUUCUGAGAUUGAGAAACAGAAUAUACCUUCUUCAAACACGUCCCCCUUGGAAGAAAUACUCAUCGAUCCUGCAGAAGACGUUACAGAUCACACUAACACAGGAGUAUCCACUGAAAACACCCCUACAGGAUUAGAUUCACCCGUAGACUCAACCAACGUAGACUCAACCAAUACCAAUUCUGUUUCCUCGUCAAAUAUGUUGGCUAGAGUCUUCAGUUCUCGCCCCAGUGCUCAGUUCGCCUUCAAGCCGCUUAAGGAGGAACACUAAGCAGCCUAUAGCGUCUUGUACUCUACGGGGGAACUGCCGGUACUGCAAGGGUUGAACUGCAGGAACACGAUGAACAAUGAUGAACAAAGAAUGAACAAUGAUGAACAGAAGAAUGAACACUGAUGAACAAGAAGAAUGAACAAUGAUGAACAAGAAGAUAGAACAAUGAUGAACAGUGAUGAACCAAAAUGAACAAGAAUAAUGAACAAGAUGAACAAGGCUGAUAAAAA